AUGUCCGUCCACACAUUUCAACCGGCGGCCCAUGCCAGAGAACAGCAGCAGCGUUCUGGUUAUAGGCUCUAUGGGCGACAUCAACAACGCCUUGAACUUCAAGGGCGUCAACUGAACAUUUGGGACACAUUGAAUUCGUUAAAAGGAGCCACAGCAACAACGACUGCUUUGCCACCACCGCCGCCAUCGUUGACAGCAUUUACGUCACCUCCACCGCCAAAUUUGCCGCCUUCUACACCAUUUCCACCAUCACCACUAUUUCCACCAUUUCCACCACCGCCGCCAUCACCGCAGCCGACAUUCCCCACACCACCACCAAGUCCAACAUCCACGUUUACUCCAACAGCUCCAUUUAGUCCAACAGCCCCAUUUACUCCAACAACUACAUUUUUCCCAAGUCCAACGUUCUCGUCACCUCCUCCACCACCAACAUUAUCGCCACCACCACCACCACCCCAAUCACCGACACCAGCACCGCUAUUUCCGCUAAAACCUUUCAUAAAACUUGGUCGAGCUGCCGAAAGCAAUGACCUAAAUGUGAAACAUAAAAAGUCAACCAACACGGUUGGCAGUUUUAAGAAACAACAUGGACACCAUCUGCAAGAAGAAGAUGAUCAAGAAGAAAGUCUUUUGGAUCUAUCUCAUAAUCACAAUUUCGCAGAAUCGCCACGUGCUGCCAGUCCUCAAUUAAGACGUCGGCGUAGAUUACAGCGCCGCAAAAAACGGCGUCAAUUACGCAGACGCAGACGUAGACGUAAACAACAACGCAGGCGCAAAAAAAGACUUGGCAACAAACGAAAGAGACAUGUGAGAAAAGUUACCAGGAAACUUAAACGUCGUUUGAAAAAGCAAAGACAACAACCAAGGAAACGUGGUUCCAAAAGACGUGCAACAAGGAAGGGCGGUCGUCGUAAGCGUAAGAAGCAACGUAGGCGCAAGCAACGUAGGCUUCGCAAAUUACGUAGGAAGCGUAGAAAUAGACGACAAAGGCGACGCAGGCUAAAGCAAUAG